AUGGUCACUCUGUUUCUGUCCCUGGCCAGACUCCCGGGCAGCCCCCGAACCCCAUUCGGGUCCAGCCUCCGGAGGGCGGCGGCGACUCCGAAGCUCUGCCGAGUCCGGGAUCCCGGGAGUGGGCGCGGCGCGGCAGGGGCAGCCUUCCGCCACCAAGAGCCCAGCUGUCAGUUGCCUCAGAGGAAGAUGGGCAGUCCUGGCACAGGUGUGCAUAUGGCCACCACCCUAGGAGUGCUGUGGUUCUGCUUCACAGGCACUGCCUUAGAGGUCCAGGUCCCCGAAGACCCUGUGGUGGCCUUGGUGGACACUGACGCUAUCCUGCACUGCUCCUUCUCACCUGAGUCUGGCUUCAGCCUGGCGCAGCUCAGCCUCAUCUGGCAGCUGACAGACACCAAACAGCUGGUGCACAGCUUCACACAGGGCCGGGACCAGGGCAGCGCCUAUGCCAACCGCACCGCGCUCUUCCCUGACCUACUGGCGCAGGGCAAUGCGUCCCUGAGGCUUCAGCGCGUGCGCGUGGCUGAUGAAGGCAGCUUCACCUGCUUGGUGAGCCUUCAGGAUGUUGGCAGUGCUGUGGUCAGCCUGCAGGUGGCAGCCCCCUACUCGAAGCCCAGCAUGACCCUGAAGCCCAACAAGGACCUGCGGCCUGGGGACACGGUGACCAUCAUGUGCUCCAGCUACCGGGGCUACCCUGAGGCCGAGGUGUUCUGGCAGGACGGACAGGGUGUGCCUUUGGUGGGCAAUGUGACCACGUCGCAGAUGGCCAAUGAGCAGGGUUUGUUUGACGUGCGCAGUGUGCUGAGAGUGGUGCUGGGUGCUAAUGGCACCUACAGCUGCCUGGUGCGCAACCCUGUGCUGCAGCAGGACGCUCACGGUUCCAUCACCAUCACAUCCCACAGAAGCCCUGCAGGUGCGGUGGAGGUCCAGGUCCCUGAAGACCCCGUGGUGGCCCUGGUGGACACCGACACUACCCUGCACUGCUCCUUCUCACCCGAGCCCGGCUUUAGCCUGGCGCAGCUCAGCCUCAUCUGGCAGCUGACAGACACCAAACAGCUGGUGCACAGCUUCACACAGGGCCGGGACCAGGGCAGCGCCUAUGCCAACCGCACCGCGCUCUUCCCUGACCUACUGGCGCAGGGCAAUGCGUCCCUGAGGCUUCAGCGCGUGCGCGUGGCUGAUGAAGGCAGCUUCACCUGCUUCGUGAGCAUCCAAGACUUUGGCAGUGCUGCGCUCAGCCUGCAAGUGGCAGCCCCCUACUCGAAGCCCAGCAUGACCCUGGAGCCCAACAAGGACCUGCGGCCUGGGGACACGGUGACCAUCAUGUGCUCCAGCUACCAGGGCUACCCUGAGGCCGAGGUGUUCUGGCAGGACGGACAGGGUGUGCCUUUGGUGGGCAAUGUGACCACGUCGCAGAUGGCCAAUGAGCAGGGUUUGUUUGACGUGCGCAGUGUGCUGAGAGUGGUGCUGGGUGCUAAUGGCACCUACAGCUGCCUGGUGCGCAACCCUGUGCUGCAGCAGGAGGCUCACGGCUCCGUCACCAUCACAGGACAGCCCAUGACAUUCCCCUCUGAGGCCCUGUGGGUGACCGUGGGACUCUGUAUCUGUCUUGUUGCACUGCUGGUGGCGCUGGCCUUCGUGUGCUGGAGAAAAAUCAAACAGAGCUGUGAGGAGGAGAACGCAGGAGCUGACGACCAUGAUGGGGAUGGAGAUGGAUCUAAGACUGCCCUGAGGCCUCUGAAACACUUGGAAAACAAAGAAGGUGAUGGACAAGAAAUAGCCUGACCACAAGGACCAGGAAGCUGCUGCCCCUGCCCUGGGCUCCCCACUCUGGCUACUCUGAGGCCUCAGUGUGAGCCUUGGGAUGGGGCUUCCCUGCCCCCAACAGAUGGCUCCCACCCUGGCGGGUCUACUCAUUCUGCAAAGGAUGUGAUACAUAGACUACCCACAGCAUCAUUUCUUCAAUGGACAUGACUCCCAAGUCAUCCUGCUGCCUUAUUUCUUAUGGACACAAUACAUAGACCACCCUACCACUUUGUUUUUCCACUGGAUAUGCUACAUGGACCAUCUGGCUGCCUUUGUUCUCUAGAGGACACAAUAUUCAGACUGAUCCUCUGCCUUAUUUCUCCAAAGACAUGAUACAUAGUCACCUCUCCCCUUGUUUCUCCAUUGGCCCUGAUAUACUAGUUAUCAUUUCUCAGCCUUCCCCUGACCUGCCCAUAACCCUAUCUCCUCAGAUGGGGCAAUGCAGCCUCCCCUGCGCUGGCCCCAAGGUUGGCCUUUCCCUCCACCACUAAGUGAAGAUAGGUCUGCUCCCCGGGUGUGCAGGUGCACGUGCUGGAACACGUACAGACUUCCCCUGGUCCAGUCUCUUCCAUGGUACCCUGGUCUGUGCCCUGUGAGCCCCCCUCUUCCUACUGUCCCCAUGGGAAGCAUGUGCUGGUCACAUUGGGUCUCAGGGGGAUCAGCUUCUGUUCUGCUUUUUCCACCUUUUGUUUAUCCAUUCAAGUAAUGUUCACUGAGCACCCGUGGGGUAUCAGCACUGUGCUAGGUGUGGGGAACCCUCCUUAAAAGGCAAGCUGCUCCCUGGAGAAGCUUGCUGUAUAGCUGGAAAACUGAGGAAAUGGUUCAUGAGAGGGACUCCUGCCUUGCUCCCUCCUGUACCCUCCUGUGCCCCUAGCUACCUAGGUACCUCACCCCCAUCCCAUCCCUAGUUCUUACACAGAGGGGCAGGGGGGAGGUAGAAACCUGGAGAGAGGGAUGGAGCCUCUCACUACAACCAGUGAGAAGCUGAUGGUCCCCAAAGUGUCUUUCCAGGAUGAGUAGGUGGGCAAUCAGGCUAGGCCCAACAGACCCCAAGAGCCCAGCAAAGGGGAAACCUGGGUCCGCUGGGGUGAGGUACAGCCCCUCCUCCCUUCCCCCACCAUGGUGCUAUUCUGCGGCUGGGCAGACAUGUCCUGGCCUGUCUCUGGCCAGCCCCCAGCCUCCGGUAGAAGAAACUUCUGCUGUUCUGAUGUCUUCCCACUGACAUAUCUCCCUUCACCAGCAAUGGGAGAUGUGGGGAUUUCUAAUUUAAACGUGGGAUUCUGAGGAAUUUCCUUAACUGGGAGUGAA